CUGGUAUUCUGCGCGGGUGCUUUCUGCACGCGGACUGUGCGCUACACUCAUUGCAUUGUAGUUCUUGGCCUGUCUGACGUGAAAUUUUCUCUAAGCUUACGGUUUUCACUAUUAAUUGCGCAGAAAUGGCUGAUUCACAGGACGACAAGCUCUACAAGGCCGAAUAUGCAAAAAGUGGGCGCGCCUCUUGCAAGAAAUGCAAAGAAAACAUUGCUAAGGACUCGAUGAGGAUGGCCAUUAUGGUGCAGUCACCCAUGUUUGAUGGAAAAGUUCCACACUGGCACCAUUUCUCCUGCUUUUGGCUCCGUGCAGCAGUACAAUCAACCUCUGACAUAUCAGGAUUUACGGACCUCCGCUGGGAUGACCAGGAGAAGGUCAAGAAGGCCAUUGAAACUGGAGGCGCUACUGGAGGGAAAGGUGAGCAGAAAGGAGCAGCUAAAGGCGAGAAGACGCUCAAUGAAUUUGCGGUGGAGUAUGCCAAAUCAAACAGAAGCACCUGUAAAGGGUGCGAGCAGAAAAUCGAAAAGGACCACAUCCGUGUGUCAAAGAAGACCGUGGACCCAGAGAAACCUCAGCUGGGUCUGAUAGAUCGCUGGUACCACACCAGCUGCUUCGUGAGUCGCCGUGAGGAGCUGCUGUUUAAACCGGAGUACAGCGCCACCCAACUUAAAGGUUUCGCAGCUCUAAGAGAUGAAGACAAAGAAGAGCUGAAGAAAAGACUUCCUGCAGUGAAGAACGAAGGGAAGAGGAAGGCAGAUGAUGUAGAUGGUGAAUCUGUUUCUAAGAAGCAGAAGAAAGAACAUGAGAAGCUGGAGAUGAAGCUGAAGGAGCAAAGCCAGCUGGUCUGGGGCAUUAAGGACAAGCUGAAGAAACACUGCUCCGUCAAUGACAUGAAAGAGCUGCUCAUUGCUAACCAUCAAGAAGUUCCCUCCGGGGAGUCGAAUGUAGUGGAUCGUCUAUCAGACUGCAUGGCUUUUGGGUCGCUGAAACCUUGCGAGAUGUGCAAAGGAGGUCAGCUUGUGUUCAAGAGCGACGCGUACUACUGCACCGGAGACAUUUCUGCAUGGACCAAGUGUGUUUUCAAAACCCAGACACCUGAUCGUAAAGACUGGGUCACUCCUAAGGAGUUCUGUGAGAUCCCCUUUUUAAAGAAGUUUAAGUUUAAACGCCAAGACCGUGUCUUUCCCAAAGAUGCUCCUCCUGCGACCCCGACGCCGUCCACCGCUUCUAAAGGUGCUACGAACUCAGCUGCCCCCAAUUUGUCCUCUGCUUCCACCAAUAACCUGACCGAGGUGCAUGCAGAUAAGCCUCUGACAGGACUGAAGCUGUUGACCGUGGGAAAACUCCGUAAGAACAAAGAUGACCUGAAGGCUGUCGUUGAGGAUCUUGGAGGAAAAAUGACAAGCAGUGCCAACAAAGCUACUCUCUGCCUGAGCUCCAAAAAGGAAAUUGAAAAAAUGACUAAGAAGAUGGAGGAGGUGAGGGACGCAGGUGUGCGUGUGGUGGCCGAGGACUUCCUCACUGACAUCAAGGAGUCUGGCAAGGCCCUUCAGGAGCUCAUCUCCCUGCACGCCAUCUCUCCCUGGGGGGCUGAAGUUAAAGUCGAGGCCCAGGCUGCAACCGCGGCCUCCAAAUCCACCGGAGGUCAUUCCUCAAAGAGCACUGGUAAAGUCAAAGAGGAAGAAGGUGGAAGCAAAUCAAAGAAAAUGAAGCUGACAGUGAAAGGCGGAGCAGCGGUAGAUCCAGAGUCGGGUCUGGAGAACUGCGCUCACGUUAUGGAUCAGAACGGGAAGAUUUAUAGCGCCACACUGGGACUCGUGGACAUCGUCAGAGGCACAAACUCAUACUACAAACUACAGCUGCUGGAAGAUGAUGUUCAGAAACGGUACUGGGUGUUCAGGUCAUGGGGUCGAGUCGGCACAACAAUUGGGGGAAACAAACUGGACAAAUUUUACGACAAGAACUCUGCUAUGGACAACUUCUGUAGUGUAUAUGAAGAGAAGACGGGGAAUGCCUGGGCCUCCACCAGCUUCACUAAAUAUCCCAAUAAAUUUUACCCUCUGGAGAUUGACUACGGACAGGACGAGGAGGCUGUGAAGAAGUUGACUGCAAGUGCAGGUGCAAAGUCCCAUCUGGCCAAGCCCGUCCAGGACCUCAUCCGAAUGAUCUUUGAUGUGGAGAGCAUGAAGAAAGCCAUGGUUGAGUUUGAGAUUGACCUGCAGAAGAUGCCUUUGGGGAAACUGAGUAAGCGACAGAUCCAGAGUGCCUAUUCCCUCCUGAAUGAGGUCCAGCAGGCUGUGGCAGAUAGCGCUUCCGAAUCCAUCAUCUUAGACCUGUCCAAUCGUUUCUACACACUGAUACCCCACGACUUCGGCAUGAAGAAACCGCCGCUGUUGAGUAACCUGGACUACAUACAGCAAAAGGUGCAGAUGCUGGACAACCUGUUGGACAUUGAAGUGGCUUACAGCCUGCUGCGGGGCGGAGUCGAGGACAAUAAGAAAGAUCCCAUUGACAUUAAUUAUGAGAAACUCAAAACUAAAAUUGAGGUGGUCGAUAAGUCUACAGAUGAGGCUCAGCUUAUCCUGCAGUAUGUGACGAACACACACGCAGCUACCCAUAACAACUACACCCUCGAUGUGGAAGAGAUCUUUAAAAUCGAUAGGGAGGGCGAGUACCAGCGUUACCGUCCGUUUAAAGAGCUACCUAACAAUCAGCUGUUGUGGCACGGCUCUCGCACCACCAACUACGCAGGUAUCAUGUCUCAGGGUCUACGAAUCGCUCCACCUGAGGCUCCUGUGACAGGUUACAUGUUUGGCAAAGGUGUUUAUUUUGCCGACAUGGUGUCGAAGAGCGCAAACUACUGCCACACCUCCCAGGCUGAUCCGGUUGGUUUUAUUCUGCUAGGAGAGGUUGCGCUUGGAAACAUGCAUGAACUGAAGAAGGCCUCACACAUUACAAAGCUUCCAAAGGGUAAACACAGUGUGAAAGGUUUGGGAAGAACUGCUCCAGAUCCAAGAGCCACUACGUCUCUCAACGGCGUGGACGUUCCCUUAGGCCAAGGCAUCAAUACGAACAUUGAUGACACAAGUCUGCUCUACAACGAGUACAUUGUGUACGAUAUUGAUCAGGUUAACCUGAAAUACCUGCUGAAGAUUCGCUUUAACUACCAGACCUCACUCUGGUGAGACCACGGAUGAUCUCUGUCCUUCUGGACAGGCUGCUGAACGCCACUGGAGCUCAAGAUCAAGCAGCAUAUGGGUUGACAAACAAAUCAGUUAUUUAGCAUUUCCGCAGCAUUGUCCCAGCUGCUCUUGUCUGUCAGUUUGGAGUAAGUGGCCAAAUGUUUAUUUGCAGGCACAAAACGUAUCAUUGCCAUUUCCCUUUCUGAGGAAAAAUGUUUGUUUAUUUGACGCAUUCACAGAAAUGAUUCAAUUGACCUGUGGAGAUCUUGCAAGCUACCAACAAUGUUAGGUAGACCGUCUUCCAUUUGGAUUUAUAGACUUCCUUUGUUUUAAUAGGUUUUGUUAAACCUGGCGUCAGGUUGACUUUAAGUGCUAUAGUUUGUCUUUCAGUAUUGAAAUAAGAAAAUGUACAGUUUCAGAAUUGUAAGCUAGAGCGUAGACCUACCGUAAACGAGUUACCUUUUACUACAUUGACCAAUGUUUUGACAUAGACAAAUGUUUUGUAUGUUAACUACUGUCCAAGUUUACCAUUUAGUUAUCUGUCUCUCGUUAUUGCUAUGAAAAAAAUUAUUUGGGCCGACUAAAAUGGCAAUGAUAUGUGCAAUGGCUGCUGCUGUUCUCAUGCACCUGUUAUGUUAUUUUUUUUUGUAACCGUUGCGCUCCAAAUGUUACAUUAGCAAGAUGCUGACUAUGUCCUAAGGAACAUCUUUGCAUCAUAAAUAAAACCGUUUUUGGCUUGUUAA